UUCUUCAGUCGUUUGACAGUUCCUUUAUGCCACCAGAUGAAUGUGGUAACCAGCGGUGUCUGGACCUGUUUCCUGAUUUCCUGUUCACCGUAGUGACACCAGUAGCAGUGGUUGUGUUCCUGCUCUUUGUUCUUUCAAUCAUAUGUGCUGCUCCUUCAGCAGGUUACGCAAGCUAUCUGAAAGCGAGGAUGUGCUUGCCAGUUAUGAUGCUGUGAGGCGAGCAUCAGCCACGGUCCGCCACAUAUCUCAUGCUAACAAUACACCCCUUCUUAGCAGCCGAAGUGGUUCUAUGACUUUAGUACGAGAUCAGCGUCUUCGCAGGGGAUUCCGACCACGUGACUCAUGUCAUUCUGCCCCAGGAACCCUUCAGAGGCACCAUAGAAAUAGAGAUUCAACAGGCUGGCAGAAUAGUCUUCCUACUCCACCACCUCCUCCAGCUUAUGGUGGCCCACCAGCUUAUCCACUGGAUGAUGAUGAUGCCUUUUUGGGACCUGACAUACCACUACAGGACUUCCAUGAAGCAGAUGUCAGGCACGCUGAAGGGCAUAGAAGACAACGCCCUUACUCCACCUCAGAUGGCUAUAUGACAGGCUGAUUGAAAAACUAUGCAUGACUUAAAAAACUACUUUUAGAAAUGAAUAGUAUAAAUCUUAAUAUUUUGGAUACAUGUUUGAACAUAAUUAACCAAACUGCUGUCAUGCAAAUCAACAAAGGCACCUUGGCAGGCUGUUAAUGAACACAUUAAGCUAAUUGUCUGGUCCUUGAUGACUUUAAUAGUUUUGGCGCAUUGGUCUGGAGUAAGUGUGCACAUUAUGUGUAUUAAAAUUGACUGUACAGACACUGCUUUUAAUAUUAUUUAAAUGAGGUACUUAAAGUUAACUAAAGUGUGCUCAUGGAUGAAAGAUAAGUGCAAUAGUUCGCACAUUUAGUGCUCAAAAAGUGUACUGUGCUGCCCUAGUAUGAAAGGGAAACACAUUUUGUAAUUAAGUCUACGUGUUUUAUGUUAGCUGUUGAAUUUUAUAAUGUUUCUCUUUGUUGUGCAAGAAAUAAGUGAUGUUAUUUUUGUUAUGUGUUAGCCAAUAAAAGGUUGUCUCACAAGGGUACUUGCAUUGUUCAAAGCUACAAUAAUUUGUUAAAGUCUUAAUAUGCAUGCAAAGUGUUGCUGAUCUAUUUUAAUUGUUGUCACAAUAUACUGUUGCUUUUUUCUAGUAAAUUUAUGAAAUAUCUCAA